AUGGCUGCAGGAAACCCCAACGCGCGACCCAGUGACCCGGACGGUCUGGUGCUCGAAGCCUGGGGUCAGGGUCUAAUGGUAGGAUCGCUGGUGGUCAUGGCGGCCUUGACGUUCUCCAACAUGAAGCGACGCAUUCUGCUGCAUAAGUUGAUUUUUGCUGAAUUAAUCCUCGCCAUGCCCCACGGGACCUUCAUCUUCGCCAAACCCCCCACCUACGGCUGGUAUCUGUCCGUCAGCGCCAUCGGGCUGAACAUCUCGUGGAGUCUGCACAACGUCAUCUCGUGGAUGAAGAACAAGCCGUUCUUGUCGAGACGCGUGUCCCGCUUCUACAUCAUUACUGUCCUCUUGGUGCAGCCGUACUGGGUGCUGGAGAUUUAUGCUAAUUUUGCGUAUUUUAAUAAUUUUAAUAAUGUGUUUCUGAAGACGAGGCCUUGGGAGCCGCUGUUUCGAGACCCCUGGUGGAUCUUCACCACCAUCUCCCUCUUCUACACCAUCAAGCGCGAAUACAACUUCGGUAUCCUGGAGCUCGUCUCCGUGAGUCCUCGUUUUGGGGUUAUGUUGGCGAGUAUGUGUUUGAGCAUCGCGUUUAUCAUCGUGGAUACCUGCGCCGUGUUGAAUGCGUUUGAGGGCUCGGGGCUUCCGACGGGGAUUGAGCCGUUUUGGAAGCUCUCCUUCAUAUUCAAAUGUCUCUGCGACAUCGUCAUCCUCGACGAUUUCAAAACCGCCCUCGAUCGCAUGCGCACCUACUGGAUCCAGAAACGCGCUCGCUCGGGCGAGAUCUUCCUCGCGGAUUAUAAUACCCGGGAAAGGUCCGGGCCGUGGGCGGGUGAUAGGGGUGGGGAUGAGAGUGGCGGCGGAUCUUUGGGGCGGAGUGGUGGUGGGGUUGGGGAUAGGGAUCGGGAGAGGAGGAGGAGAGUGGUGGUUGUUGGUGCGGACGGGGAUCGCGACUGUGCUUGUGGCUGUGGGUGUGGUUGUCGUGCUGGGGGUGGGAGGAAUGGGAAUGGGAAUGGGAAUGGCAAUGUGAUGAGAGGGAAGUUUGGGGAUGCAGGGGAGGAUGGGGUGCCGAGGGUUUAUUUGAGGGAGGAUGUGUCUGUUUGA